AUGAAGUGGUAUUCACUGCUGCUGGUUCUCUGCACUGCUUCGAUUGCCAAUUCCGUCAAAUUAUGUCCUCUCCUGGGCCCGAGCUGGCCUGCUCCCACAGGAUUAUCCACCGACCCAACUGUUAGAUCGGCUCUCCAAAAUGUUACCACGACGAUCCAGCAAGCUAUCAGUGCUGGAAAUCUGUCAUCGAAUUCAAUUUCCUUGCAAAUCUUCGAGGCAAAUGACCCUAGUGCACUGCUUACCCUGUCGCACACUUCCGCCGAGAUUGACACCACCAUUGGUGUGAGCCAGGUCGACGAGAACACUAUAUUCCGCAUUGGUAGCACAUCUAAGCUCUUUACUAUGCUUUUGCUCCUGAUUGAAAACGGGUUCUCCUACCUGCAGGAUCCAAUUGCAGAGUACAUUCCCGAGUUGCGCCAGGCCGCCGUUGACAUUUUCCGGAAUUCCACGAAAUGGGAGGACGGAAUUGACUUUACUAAGUGGAAUGAAGUGACCAUUGGAGAAUUGGCUAGUCAUUUGGCUGGAAUCGCGCGAGACUAUGCUGUCCUUGACCUUACGGCGCAAGCUCCGAUGGUCGAACAAUUGGGAUUUCCUGCGUUGCCAGAAUCCCAAGUUCCAACCUGUGGUGUAUCUACUCCAUGCAACAGGAAGCAGUUUUUCAAGGGGCUGGUGCAGAGCCGCCCUAUUUUCCCCACAUCAUCAACGCCGGUCUACUCCAAUGCCGCCUUUCAGAUCCUCGGAUAUGCUAUAGAGGCGAUCACUGGUAAAGAUUUCGAGGAUGUUCUUACAUAUGAGCUCCUGAAACCACUGAAUCUCAGCCGCACCUUUUACAAUACGCCCGAUAUCUCAUUAGGUGUUGUUCCCACUUCAGGAGGCCAGAAAUAUUGGAAUUUUCCAAUGGGUGACGAGACUCCUGCCGGAGGAAUUUACUCAUCUGCAAAGGACAUGGCCGCCUUUGGACGGGCCAUUCUUAACAGCACUCUUGUCCCCACAGACAUUACAAGACGCUGGAUGAAGCCCGCCGCUCAUACGGCAUCCCUAGGUUAUGAUGUUGGGGCACCAUGGGAGAUUUUUUCAAUUGGCAAGCAGCGCCCAAUAGACCUCUACACCAAAGCAGGAGACAUUGGCGUCUACUCGUCGGUGCUCGCUUUGUCUGUAGACCACGGCGUCGGCUUCACAAUCCUCAAUGCCGGUAACAACACUCAUUUCUCGGCUGCACUAGCCUCGGAUCUCAUUUCAGCAAUUUUGAUCCCUGCUCUCGAGCAAAGCGCUAAAAACCAAGCACACCAGCGCUUUGCGGGAACAUAUUCUCUGGGCAGUAGUAACUCCUCAAUUACCAUUGCCACAGACAAUGGGCCUGGGUUGGUUGUUACGAAUUGGAUCAACAACUCCUCCAAUAUGCUCAAUGCAUUCAUGGCCCUAAAUGGUAUCAGUGACCCCUCGCAGCUCAGCGUUCGCCUGUACCCCACCGGCCUCGAGAGUCCAGGGCGGAUCUCCUUCAGGGCUGUGGUUCCACCGGCUCUGCCAUCUGGAAUUGGGCCCUUUACUUCGUCCUGCAUUACAUGGGUGACCAUCGACUCAAAUGUGUAUGGUAAUGUGGGUAUUGAUGAGUUUGUGUUCAACCUGGAUCAGAACGGUAAUGCAGUGAGCAUCUCCCCUCGGGCGCUGCACACAACUCUUCAAAAGUCUUGA